AUGUCUCUCCUUGAAGGGAAGCUGGAAAAUAAACUCAAGGAUGAGGAAAAGAGGAAUGAAGAAACAAGGGAAAAAGUCAAAAAGCUCAAGCAGGAGAAACAAGCAGCAGAGAAACUGAAGAAUCAGUUCAAGUCCAAAUGCCACGAGAUGAUCAACUCUGAGAAGGAGGAAAUCAUUCAGAAGCUGAUGGAAAUAUUUCCUACACUGGACUCAAAGCUGCAGUCAGAGAAGAAAACUGAAAUCAUCAAACAGCAGCUCCAGCAGGUGAAAGGCAGAGUAGAGAAACUGAAGAAUCAGUUGGAGAAGAAUUCUCACGAGAUGUUCAAAUCUGAGAUGGAGCUGGAUGAAUUCAUUCAGAAGCGGAUGCAGAUAUUUCCUACACUGGACUCAGAGCUCCAGGUUGUGAAACAAACAGCAGAGCUGCUGAAGGCUGAGCUGCAGUCCAGAAGUCGUGAGAUGAUCAAAUCUGAGAGGGAGAAGGAUGAAAUCAUUCAGAAGUUGAAGGAAACUUUUCCUACACUGGAAACAAAGCUGGAUCACCCAGAUUAA